AUGGUGGUAUUUGCGCAACUAGCUCCACCCGUUCCAUACCUGCGAACACCAUCCUCCCGACAGCUCGCUUGGCAUCGACUAGAAUACUAUGCUUUCGUGCAUUUUGGGCCAAACACUUUCUCAAACGAGGAAUGGGGCCGCAGCCAGAGCACUCCAGACGUCUUCAAGCCCACCGCGCUGGACACAGACCAAUGGGCGAAAUCGUUCGCAGAUGCGGGGAUGGCGGGUAUGAUUCUAACGGCGAAGCACCAUGACGGGAUGGCAUUGUGGGAUACUAACACGACGACUUAUAAGAUUGGUAACGGGAGCUGGGCCCGAGGUCGUGUUGCGAAGGGUCUUAAUGCCGACGUGGUGCAGAUGGCAGCCGCUUCUGCGAAGAGGUACGGCAUCAAGUUUGGAAUCUACCUCUCUCCAUGGGACAUCCAUCGUGACCCGGCCAUGCCAAAGACAAACUUGUCCGGCACACCGUACGACGAACCGCAAAUUUUCGGGGAUGCUAGUCCAGGAGAUUACAACGAGCUCUACGCUCGACAGCUAACAGAGCUGGUUACGAUGCGGUUAAGUGAUGGCUCGCCGAUCGAGCUGUUUGAGCUGUGGCUCGAUGGGGCAAGUGGAUCCGAUACGGUGCAGACAUUUGGCUGGACAAGGUUCCGCGACAUCAUCCGCCAGCAACAGCCGGAUGCUGUCAUGUGGGGACAUCAAGGCGUAGAUGCACGCUGGGUUGGUAACGAGGACGGGGUGACGGUUGCAACGAACUGGCAUACUAUCAGCAGGACGCAGGACGACGCGCGCUACAGUGGUGACCAGUUGCAGAUGGGAGUACGAGAUGGAAAGUACUGGACGCCGGCGGAGGCAGAUGCCCGCAUACGCACUGGUUGGUUUUUCCAUGCCAAUGAGAAGCCGAAAACGUCCGAUGCUUUGAUGGACAUGUAUCUGCGGUCCAUUGGCCAGAGUGUGAACUUCUUGCUUGAUGUGCCCCCCGAUACGACCGGACAGAUCAAUAAAGACGAUGGAGACGUUCUACUGAAGUUCAAGGCUCAGCGCGACGUAUUUCUCAACCGCACUUUGCUCUCCCCAGGAGCCAUCGCCUAUGCUAGCAGUAUUCGUGGGGGAAACUCCACGCUAUAUGGGCCAGCGAACGUGAUCGACGACAACGACAGUACAUAUUGGGCUAUGGACGAUAAAGAGACUACUGGAACGUUGGAAAUUGAUUUGGGCAGCGCCUGCAGUGUCGACGCGGUCAUUGUGCAGGAGUAUAUUAAUCUGGGGCAACGGGUCGGUGGAUAUACGAUCGAUGGGUUUGUUAACGGUGCAUUUAAAACGCUUGUUACGGGAACAUCGCUCGGAUACAAGCGUAUCCAUAGGCUGAGCACGCGAAUUGAGACGAACAGGGUUCGUCUACGCGUUACACAGGCGAAUGCCACGCCUUCGAUUAAAAGUUUUCAGGUCCUUGGGGAGCGGAAGGGAUCAGGGUAA